AUGCGGCCUAUAUUCUAUCUUGUUCCUGGUUCCCAAGAGAAAUGGAGAUUGGAGAGCCAUCCUGGAUCUCAAGUUUCUCAACAAGUUCAUAAAGCUGCACCAUUUUCGCAUGGAGACACUACGGUCCAUCACGGAGAACCUGUGCCUGUCAUCAAUAGAUCUUACGGAAGCAUAUCUCCACGUUCCCAUCCACCCAGCUCACAAGAGGUUCCUUCGUUUCUGUGUGGGCAAACAUCACUAUCAGUAUCGGGCGCUACCAUUCGGGUUGUCCACGGCUCCCAGGCUGUUUUCCAAGCUUCUGAUCAAUCCUGUGGUACACCUCUGGAACCAAGAGGUCUAGCACAAGUGGAAAUUUUGCACUGGCUCCAACCAAGGAAGUGUAACGAGUGCAUCAGAGCCUUAGGCCGAAAUAAACCUCAUACUCCAUUCAGAGCAAGUAAACUUACUCAGGUCCUAAGAGAUUCAUUCAUAGGAGAAAACUCUCGCACCUGUAUGAUCGCCACUAUUUCUCCAGGGAUGGCAUCUUGUGAGAACACUCUAAACACUCUAAGAUACGCAAACAGAGUAAAGGAAUUUGGAAUUAGUCCUUCGGACAUUCCCUUCUCACAGGGUAGUGGCAGUCGCUCUGAUCUCUCUCCUUCCUAUGAGUAUGACGACUUUUCUCCUUCGAUCACCAGAGUAAAGGAGCUGACUGUUGAUCCCAAUGCUGCCGGUGAUAUCCGUCCAAUCAUGCAUCAUACUCCAAAUCAGAUUGAUGACUUGGAGGCACAGUGGGGUGUUGGGAGCUCACCUCAGAGAGAUGAUCUUAAACUACUUUGUGAACAAAAUGAGGAGGAAGUUUCACCGCAGUUAUUCACUUUUCAUGAAGCUGUCUCACAGAUGGUGGAAAUGGAAGAACAAGUAGUAGAAGACCAUAGAGCUGUCUUCCAGGAAUCUAUUAGGUGGUUAGAAGAUGAAAAAGCUCUUUUGGAAAUGACAGAAGAAGUAGACUAUGAUGUGGAUUCAUAUGCGACACAACUUGAAGCAAUCCUAGAACAAAAAAUUUACAUUUUGACUGAACUUCGAGAUAAAGUGAAAUCCUUCCGCACAGCACUGCAAGAGGAGGAACAGGCCAGUAAACAAAUCAGUCCGAAGAGACCACGUGCGCUUUGAAGCACACCUCUGCUGCUAAAGGAUGCCUGAGCCUUCCUUGCGGGUACCAUGCAGUUGUGCUUGGGAAUGAGGCUGCAAGAAGUCAAACUACUUGAAAGAUCGCAAACUUUUGAAGUGUCUGUGGAAAUGUCCUGUUUCUCCUUCCCUUGGCCAACAUUUCAGUUGUGUGGAACACUCCCAAGAUGCCUGCAGAAUGCUUCUGCCCCAGACAGCACAAGCCAGGCAGGUUUCGGAGCUGGGAAGCACUUUUUGGUUCAGUUGUUUAACUUCCUCAAAUUGUGAAUCUUUUUAUGUUUUGGAAAUCUGUUGCCAUUUUUUUUUUAAAAAAAAUAAUGAAGUAAAAUGGUGGACUUGUAAAAACUUCACAGUAUUUUGUUUCACUUAUGUCAGUUUUGUUGCAAAGAGCAGCUGUGCGGUUUUGUAUUUGCAUGCAUGCCCACCUCAUCAGUGAUUGUACAGACCUCCUCCUCCUCUUCUAGACAGCUGUGCUCACCUCCUCCCGAUCUGUGCCUUGACCAAGGCGACUUGACCCUAGACGUCCUCUCUAAAGCACAGCCUUAAUAAAUGACAUUCCUUAUUUGUCAAUGUAAAUUGCUUUUAUUGUUUGUACAUUUUAAUGUGUGUUGGAAUAUUUUUUUUCUUGUGACUAGUUCUUCAUUUCACAGUUUGUGCCAUAUCAUUGACCUGGAAUUAAAAAGCUGUCUGGAUUGACAGCAAGCCAUUCCACUUUACCCUGUCAAAAUCUGGAAUCAUGAUUUAUUUCAAUACCAUAAAGAGUCUAACACUUUCCUUGUAAAAGACAAAACUAUAAAUUAGUGGAUGUAUAAUAAAAGGUAAUUGCUUAUGAAGGAGAGUUGUAUCUUAGGAUAAUACAGAUAUACAGUAUGUGUGCUAGUGUGAUGUCAGAAUACAGGUGCAAUCCAAUUUCAUAUGGGUAAUAGAGGUGUCCAAUGAGUGGGAUAUCCCAAUAACCCUUUUGCUUACUCCUAAAAUUGGCUUCUGAUGCAUGAGAGUUUACAUGUGCAUUAACUGUAGUUUGCAGGUAGUUAGUACUGUUGCUUUAAAAGAAGGUAGCUAAUGCAUAUUUUCCCUUUGUAUGGUGCCAUCAACUGACAAGUGGGGUGAAUUCGUACCAUUUGAGGAUUUGCACAAUAAUCUCCACUAAAGUUGUCUGAUGUUGAAGAAAUUCCACAAAGAUGCCUGAAAGUUUCACAAAUGGCACUGUGUAUCCAGCACUUUGUAAGACGGUGGCACUUCCAAUUAUUUUUGCAAAUUUAUCAGAAAAAUUUACCCUUUUAUGUAUUUUUGUCAGAUGAAUUUUAGAGCUCUCUAGGAGUUGUCCCUGUUCCCAAGAUAGAUUCUAGGCGCUCAUAUGAAACAACAAACAUUCCUUAGAGCUGUUUCACAUUUUGUUUCUGGAACAUAAGCCUGUGUGUGCUAAGGCUAAGGGAAAUAAAGGGAAAGCAGUGAGAAGAGAGCCUGAAUGAGCCUGAAUUUCUCAGUAUUCAACGUAACUCCCAUAGGAAGGUAGGCUGUGGAAGUCCCUUGUCAUAUGGUGACAAAGCGCCUAUCUGUAAACAUGGAACCUGAAACAGCAAUGUAGA